GCAUGGCGUCUGGUUUGUUUUGGUUGUUAGUUUUGUUGUGUGUGUUUGUGAUUGUUAGAGGAUUUCAUGAUGUUCAGCUGAUAUCAUAUUCGUGCUACAAACCCAUCAUAGACCGCAGACCUUCAUUCAUAAAGACAUAUCCCAGAGGUCAUGAAUAUGUAAAUGUCUCUGAUCUCCUGGCCUCCUGGGACUGGCGCAACGUUCAGGGCAAAAACUAUGUGAGCAUCACCCGCAACCAACACAUCCCACAGUACUGCGGCUCAUGCUGGGCCAUGGGGGCCACCAGCGCCCUCGCAGAUCGCAUCAACAUCAAGAGAAAGGGGGCGUGGCCUUCUGCCUACCUGUCUGUACAGAAUGUGAUUGACUGUGGAGAUGCGGGCUCGUGUUAUGGUGGAGAUCAUCUGGCUGUUUAUAAGUACGCACAUGAUCGGGGCAUUCCCGAUGAAACCUGCAAUAAUUAUCAAGCUCGCAACCAAAAAUGCAACUCAUUCAAUCAGUGUGGCACAUGCUCAUUCUUCGGCUCCUGCGCCAUCGUUCAAAACUACACGGUGUGGAAAGUUGGAGAUUACGGCACCAUCAGAGGACGAGAGCGAAUGAAAGCUGAGAUCUACAAGCAUGGACCAAUCAGCUGUGCUAUAAUGGCCACUAAAGGUCUGGAGGCGUACGACGGAGGGAUUUUUGCUGAAUUUCACAUUCUGUCUCUUCCAAACCACAUCAUCUCAGUGGCGGGAUGGGGCGUCACAGAAGACGGAACAGAAUACUGGAUCGUCAGAAACUCCUGGGGCGAGUUUUGGGGUGAGCUGGGCUGGGCCAGAAUUGUCACCGGUGCUUAUAAAGGUGGUCAAGGCCACUGGUAUAAUCUUGCCAUCGAGAGCAACUGCGCAUACGGAGACCCCAUUGUGGAGAAGAAUUAAAACGGACUAUGUGUUCUUCAUAAAGUCAUCAACACCUCAUUGAGCAUGUGCAGAUGAGAGAGCGUGAAGCUGAAUUGAAUUGGGAGAAUUGUCAUAUUAGAUUUUUUAAAUCUUACAUGAGAACUCGUGAUGUCAGUGAAGGAAUCUCAUGGUGCCAUGCGCUGCAUUAUUUUAGUGCCAAAUUCUUAAAACAGCAGGGUUGUACAGGAUGUUUACUUUAAACAUUUAACAUUGGAAUCUUUAUUUGAUUUUAGUUUAGUUUGUUUAUGUUUUCUCAGAAAAUGAAAUGAAACCUUUAAAAACUGCAUUUAUUUUCUUUGCAUAAAAUAUGGAUAUAAUUGUGUAUGCAUUUUUAUUAUUAUAUUAUAAUACAAUAUUGCAGUAUAUAUUUAUUUAAUUCUUAGGUGAA